GGUCCUGCCCGGGGCCGGAGGGCACCGGACCGGCCGCGGGGGCAGCGCGGGGCAGCCGCGGCCUCACAGCCACCGGUUGUCGCACGGGUGUCGCACCAGCCCCGCUGGCGCUCGGGGGUCCCCGGGGGGUUCCUCGGAGGGGUGACAUCCCCCGGAGUUUCGCCCCCUCGCUGGGCAUCGCUCGUUGCGGGGAUGCGGGAAAAGACCCUGCCUGGAGCAGCCCUCGGUUCUUCCCCCGUGGCGUUCCUGCGCGCCCACUAACGUUCGCUCCCCGAGCUCCUUGUCAAACUUUUCUAACUCGGGAAUUAUUUGAGGUUUCAGAGAGACGCGGCGGCUUUUUCCCCACACUGGAGCUGGGGCGGAGGUUGGCCCUGAGCAGCCAUGGAGAGGAUUGAGAAGGUCGUGAGGCAGGCGAGAGCCGCCUUCAACUCGGGCCGGAGCCGCUCGCUGGAGUUCAGGAUACAGCAGCUGAAGGCCCUGGAGCGGAUGGUGAAGGAGAAGGAGAAGGAGAUCCUGGCAGCCCUCCAUGCGGAUCUGCACAAGGGCGGGCCCAACGCGUACAGCCAUGAGAUCCUGGGCGUGCUGGCGGAGCUGGCCCUGACCAUGGAGAAGCUGCCGUCCUGGGCAGCCCCUCAGCCUGUGAAGAAGAACCUGAUGACGAUGCGGGACGAGGCCUACAUCAACUUUGAGCCUCUAGGAGUGGUGCUGAUCAUCGGGGCCUGGAACUACCCCUUUGUCCUGGUCAUGCAUCCUCUGAUCGGGGCCAUUGCAGCAGGCAAUGCCGUGGUGGUGAAGCCGUCGGAGGUGAGCGAGAACACGGCUCAGCUGGUGGCUGAUCUCCUCCCCCAGUACCUGGACCAGGAGCUCUACCCCGUGGUCACUGGAGGAGUUCCUGAGACAACAGAGCUGCUCACCCAGAGGUUUGACCACAUCCUCUACACUGGCAACACUGCAGUGGGCAAAAUUGUGAUGGCAGCAGCUGCCAAGCACCUGACACCCGUCACCCUGGAGCUGGGUGGGAAGAGCCCCUGCUACAUCGACAAGGAUUGUGAUCUGGCCGUCGCCUGCAGGCGAAUAACAUGGGGGAAGUACAUGAACUGUGGGCAAACCUGCAUCGCCCCAGACUACAUCCUCUGUGACCCAUCCAUCCAGAGCCAGGUGGUGGAGAACAUCAAGGCAACUCUGCUGGAAUUCUAUGGGGAGGACGUGAAGUCGUCUCCGGAUUAUGAAAGGAUCGUCAACAAGCGUCACUUCAAGAGGGUCGUGGGCUUGCUGGAAGGGCAGAAGAUCGCUCACGGGGGAGAGAGUGAUGAGGCCUCCUGCUUCAUAGCACCGACCAUCCUGACGGACGUUUCCCCGGAUUCCAAGGUGAUGGAGGAGGAAAUCUUUGGACCCGUCCUGCCCAUUGUGACCGUGAAGAGCGUAGAGGAAGCCAUUGAGUUCAUCAACCGUCGGGAGAAGCCCCUUGCCUUGUAUGUCUUCUCCAACAACAAGAAGUUAAUCAAAAGAGUCAUCUCAGAAACCUCCAGUGGGGGUGUGACUGGAAAUGAUGUCAUUAUGCAUUUCUUCCUCUCAACCUUGCCCUUUGGUGGUGUUGGUCACAGCGGGAUGGGCGCCUACCACGGCAAGCACAGCUUCGAGACCUUCUCCCACCGCCGCGCCUGCUUGAUCAAGGACCUGAAGAUGGAGGGCACCAACAAAAUGCGGUACCCACCUGUCAGCCAGAAGAAGGUGGAUUGGACCAAGUUCAUCCUCCUGAAGCGGUUUAACAGGGGCCGAAUUGGACUGGCCCUCCUGGCCCUGCUGGGGGUGGUGGCAGCGGUGAUGAUGAAGAACCACCAGUCUGUGCUGAAGAGAAAAGCCCUCUUGAUUGUGCUGGCUGUGCAGAGGCUGGGCUGGCCCAGCGGGUGGUAAGGAGGAGCAGGUUUCAGAGCACUGCUGUGGCUGUCACAGUGAGGUGGUUUACUGAUGAAGAGGAGAAGGCCCCGUGUGCCAGCCGUACUCUGGGUGCUUGCUUUGUGUCUGUUUCCUUAAGCUGGGAAGUCAUUAUUUUCUUUUGUUCUGGGUGAUUUCAGUGAGCUGUCGAGCACACAGAGUAGCCUUAGAGAGGCACUAACAACAAGAAGGCUCAGACUCCUGUUUGCUAAAAAGCCAUGCUGGAACAGAGGGACCAGAGGGGACAAGCUCUCCGAAGGAGGACUGCAGAGCAAGAAACUCCAGUCCCUAUCUCCACCCCAUGCCAUGCAGAGUGCUGCUUGAGGGGCACACCAAACCACUUACCUUCCUUCAGUGACCAACAGGAGCUUCAGUUUCAGCAAUCCUUGGGCUGACAGUUUUUGGGAUGGGCUGUCUCCUGUUGUGCUCUGAACACCCUCCCUCUUGGUGACAAGUCUGAGACAGGCCAUGCUGGCUGAUGCAUUUGACCAAGAGUGAUGGUUGUGAAUGAACCCAGUGAGGUUCCCCUUGACAUUUGAGGUGAAAUAUUCAUGGAUUUCUGCAAAUUGGAAUCAUCCACAGCUGGUCAGGGAAUGCAGGCUGGGGCUCUGGGUUUCACCAUAUGGCUGUAACAAUUAUUUAACUGUUAGAAAAUUACAAAGGUGGUACCUGCACUGCCUGUAUUGUGCUGAUGAGCAUCUUACACUCGUGCAAAAGAACUUUCAGGCCUGUUUAGAGAAGUGGGAAUGACAAAAUACCUUGUGGGUUAGCUCAGCUCUGUGCAGCUGCUCCCUUAUUCCCAGUGGGAUGGGAAAGAGAAUCAGAGGAGUGAAAGUGAGAAAACUUGUAGCUUGAGAGAAAGAUAGUUUAGUAGGUGAAGCGAAAGCUGGGAAUGCAGGCAAAUUAAAGCAAAUUGAGGAAUCUGUUCAUUAAUUCCCCUUGUCAGGCAGGUGUUCAGCCAUCCUGGGGAAAGCAGGAUGGUGACUUGGGAAGACAAAUGCCAUCAUUGCCAAUGUCACAAAUCCAAAACAGCACCAUCCUACUAUGAAGAAACUUAGUGACUAUGAUGAAAGUUAACUCCACCCCAGCCAAAGCCAGUACAAAGCUGUUCCUGGUCAGAUUGCUCCAAGGGAAAACAAUUAUUGAAAGAGUGUGUGCUCCUUCGUGUUUGAGCUUCUGGGGCUGCUGUAAUCUUGCAGUGGGGCAUAAUGUGGGACUUGUUCGAGCUUGGGAGGAGGAUGCUGAAAGAAUUGAAUGUAAAAGAGCCUUAGAAAUAUUAAUGUCAAAAUAAGGCAAAUUAAAAAAUGAUUACUAAAUGCAAUUAAUAUAGAGUAGAAAGUUAUAUUUACUGUGCAAUAAGUAGGAUUUCUUCGUGGCUGGUGAAAAUCCAUGUGCUAAGCCUUUUUGAUGAUAUAUUUUGCAAGUACUAAAUAAACACCGAGAAUUUAAGUAAUAAA